AUGGCAGAGGAAACGCAGCCAGAGGCCGCCUCCGCCGCCGCCGCGGCCGCCGCGGCCGAGGUGGUCGUGACCGAAGCGGCGCCGGCGGAGGCGGAGGUGCCUGCGGCGGCGGAAGCCGAGGCGGAGAAGAAAGCUGAUGAGGCGGCGGUCACCGCCGAUGACGCGGGGGAGGGGAACGGCUCGUUCAAGGAGGAGAGCAACCUGGUGGAGGACCUGCCCGACCCGGAGAAGAAGGCGCUCGACGAGUUCAAGCAGCUGAUCGCUGCCGCCCUCGCCGCCGGUGAGUUCAACCUGCCUCCCCCGCCGCCGCCGCCGAAGGCCAAGGAGGAACCCAAGGCCGAGGAGACGAAGACGGAGGAAGCCAAGACCGAGGAGCCGGCCAAAGAAGAGCCCAAGGCCGAGGCCGAGUCUGCGGCGGAGGAGCCCAAGGCCGAGGUGGCUGCGGAUGCCCCGGUUGAGGAGGUCAAGACGGAGGUGCCGCCGGCCGAGGAGACCAAGGCUGAGACAGUGGCUGAGGAAGCAAAGCCUUCCGAGCCCGAGCCGCAGGAGAAGACCGUCGUGGUCGCUGAGGAGGAGACCGCCACCAAGGCGGUGGAAGCAAUCGAGGAAACCGUGUCCGCCCCCGCCGCCACCUCGGAGGAGGCAGCGGCGCCGGAGGCGGUGGCCGAGACUGAGGCGGCCGCGCCCGAGCCUGUGCUGAUCUGGGGCGUGCCGCUGGUGGGCGACGACGAGCGCACGGACACGGUUCUGCUCAAGUUCCUACGAGCGCGGGAGUUCAAGGUGAAGGAGGCCAUGGCGAUGCUCAAGUCCGCGGUGCUGUGGCGCAAGCGCUUCGGCAUCACCUCGCUCCUCGACACCGACCUCGGCCUGCCGGAGCUGGAGAACGUGGUGUUCUAUCGCGGCGCAGACCGCGAGGGCCACCCCGUGUGCUACAACGUCUACGGCGAGUUCCAGGACAAGGAUCUCUACGAGAAGGCCUUCGGCGACGAUGAGAAGAGGGAGCGCUUCCUCAAGUGGCGCAUCCAGCUGCUGGAGCGCGGUAUCCUGUCGAAGCUGGAUUUCUCGCCCAGCGGCAUCUGCUCCGUGGUUCAGGUUACCGACCUCAAGAACUCGCCGCCCAUGCUCGGCAAGCACCGCACCGUCACCCGCCAGGCUGUCACGCUGCUCCAGGACAACUACCCCGAGUUCAUUGCCAAGAAGGUGUUCAUCAAUGUGCCAUGGUGGUAUCUCGCUGCCAACACGAUGAUGAGCCCGUUCCUCACACAGCGCACCAAGAGCAAGUUCGUUUUUGCGAGCCCAGCCAAGUCAGCAGAGACUCUAUUCAGAUACAUCGCACCGGAGCAAGUUCCGGUCCAAUUUGGAGGCCUCUUCAAGGAGGACGAUCCUGAGUUCACCACCUCCGACACUGUCACUGAGCUCACUAUCAAACCAUUGUCAAAAGAAACCAUUGAGAUCCCUGUUACCGAGAACUCCACAAUUGUAUGGGAACUCCGGGUGCUCGGUUGGGAGGUGAGCUAUGGUGCUGAGUUCACCCCUGAUGCUGAGGGUGGGUACACUGUCAUUGUACAGAAAACAAGGAAGGUGCCCGCUAACGAGGAACCGAUCAUGAUGGGAAGCUUCAAGGUAGGCGAGCCUGGCAAACUUGUGCUAACUGUGAACAACCCUGCAUCCAAGAAGAAGAAGCUCCUUUACCGAUCAAAGGUCAAGAGCACCAGCGAGUCAGUGUGA